GCUGAGAGUUUUUAUCAGGAAUGGGUGUUGAUAAAUUUCAUUCUUUCUUACAACAUUACACCCUUCCUAAAACAACAAGUUGGGUUUAUUCUCCUUUUGAAAUAUUUGAGCAAUGAAUGCCAAGUAAAUUUCAAUUUGUGGUCAUUUUUUUCAGGGUCUCUUGGUGUAUUUGCAUAUAUUGCAGUGAAAAUGGAACUGAAACUGGGAGCCCCUCUUGCACAUUUUAACCUUUCUAGGGCCUCAGUAGUGCUGGUUAGGGCUUCAAAAAGCUCAAAUUGGGCUUGUAGGAGAUGGUGAGCUCCCAGAAAGAGGGAAUCAGAUUAACUGUUCCUGGGCCCUUGGAUCCAGUGUUCCCAGGAAAGCCUAUUCUAAUUUGAGAUCUGUCCUAAUUUGAGAUCUCUUGUUGUUAAGAGUUCAGCUGCUAAUCAAAAGAUUGGCAGUUCGAAUCCAUUCACUGUUCCUUGGAAGCCCUGUGGGGCAGUUCUACUCUGUCCUAUAGGGUCCCUAUGAGUUGGAAUCAACUGGAUGGCAAGGGUUUGUUUUUGUUUUUGUUCUUUAUCCCAGUUUCAGUGCAGAGUCCAGAGAAUUACAGGAAGGAAUAACUUCUAGAACUACUGAGUACCAGAGGCCAGGCUUUUUGUUAGUCUUUUAAUACAUUCAUUAUUAUUUCCUUAGGAUAAAUUUCUGAGAGAGAAAGAAAAUCACUGGUUCAAAAGUUAACAGCUAGCUGUUAGAUCAGUAGGACAGAAAUGCACAGCAUCCUUGUCUAAGUUCCAUAUAUUCAUAAUGGAAUCAUGGUAGAUAUUGGUGCUUAUAGAAUAGGGACUUUUCUGACUUACUGAAAGGUCAUUCUCCCACUAGGUGGCAUUUUCUGAGGCUGCAAUGUGGGUACUUCUGGUCUGGUAGAGCAGGGUUCUACAUCAGUCCUGGCUUCUCAUGUCUCUGUAUUCUCCUCCCCAUUUCUGUUUUCAUAGAUCUCUGUCCAAGAGUACAGAAAAUGAUCAACUUCCAGGGAUCGAUGACAUUCCAGGAUGUGGCCGUGGACUUCACCCCAGAGGAGUGGCAGCUGCUUGAUUGUGCUCAGAGGAACUUGUAUUGGGAUGUGAUGUUGGAAAACUUUAGAAACCUCAUCUCCGUGGGGUGUCCAGUUGCCAAUCCAAAAGUGAUCUUCAAGUUGGAGCAAGGACAAGAGCCAUGGAUGGUGGAGGGAGAGGACCCAUGUUGGAGCUAUCCAGAAGCUGACUGCCUACUUGUUGAGGAACCAGAGAAGCACCAGGAAAGCAAAGACAGUUUUUUGAAGUCAGUUUCAUUCACAUUCAGUGAAAUUCUAACUAUGGGAAGACUCCACCAUUAUAAUAUGAACACAAGUCUUAAUCCUACAAUACAAAAAUCAUAUACGUGUAAAUCAUGUGGGAGGAGUUUGCAACCUAAUUUAAACUUACUUAAUUAUAAUAGCGGUUAUACUAGAGAAAACUCUAAUGAAUGCAAUGAAUGUGGUAAAGCCUUUAAAAAGAAGUUUCAUUUCAUUAGACAUGAAAAAAAUCAUGUAGGAAUAAAAGCCUUUGAAUGCAAUGACUGUGGGAAAGCCUACAGGAGGAAGACACACCUUGAAACUCAUCAGAAAAUUCAUAAUGGAGAGAGACCCUUUGUGUGCAAUGAUUGUGGAAAAGCUUUUGUGCAUAAAUUUCAACUCGUGAUCCACCAGAGACUUCACACUGGAGAGAAACCUUACGAAUGCAGUGAGUGUGGGAAAACGUUCACCUGGAACUCCUCCUUUAAUCAACAUGUGAAAUCUCAUACACUAGAGAACUCAUUUGAAUGUAAGGAAUGUGGGAAAACGUUCAGGUAUAGUUCAUCCCUUUAUAAACAUUCUAGAUUUCAUACAGGAGAGAAACCCUACCAAUGUAUUGUAUGUGGCAAAGCCUUUGGCAACACAUCAGUGCUUGUUACGCAUCAAAGAAUUCAUACAGGAGAGAAACCCUAUGGAUGUAUUGAAUGUGGCAAAGCCUUCAUCAAGAAGUCUCAUCUCCUUAGACAUCAGAUAACUCACACAGGAGAGAAGCCCUAUGAAUGUAACAAAUGUGGGAAAGCAUUUUCCCAGAGGUCAAAUCUUAUUGUACAUCAGAAAACUCAUAUAUAAUAUUCACUUUAUAAAUAUGAAAGUCUUAAAUAUAAGGUAAGUCUUAUUAAAUAACAGAGAAUACAUAGUGUGGAGAAAUCAACAAUGUGAAUGAAUUUGGGAGAGUAGGUUCCCAUUUUUUUAAAAAAACUCAUACUGCCAGCCAUGUUCUGAAAGUAAUACUAAAAUUUUUCUAGAAAAGAUCACAGAAAACAUUGAACUGUAAAUAACAAAGCUUAGAAAGGAUAAACUAAAUAUAAGGAAUCAAUGAAUAAUCAUAUUUAUCAUCCCUGAUUUUUAUUUUUUUAAUAAAUUAUAUAAUUAUGCAAAUGUGAGUAUAAAACAUGUCUUGUUGUUAUAAAACAUGUCUUACAUGUUACUGAAAAUUUCUGAAAUAUCACCUUCUCCAGUUCUAACAGUAACAUGUAUAAUGAAUCAACUGAACUAAAUUAAUCAGUAAUUUCAAUUAAUAAAUUGAAUAAUAAUGAAUUUCAAUUAAUCAGUUGGAAAAAGUGUAGUUUAAUAUGUACUAUGAAGUUCAGUGAUAUUUUUAUCCAUUUACUGGCACUUUUAAUGGGCAUGGCAGUGUUAAUAAAUUUUAGUCUCCGCUUUCGUUAUAGAAAUGACUUACAAAACUUAGAAAGUUGUUUUCUUACGUAUGUAAAACACCAAAACAUUUAAAAAAAAGUAACAAGAUAACUACUUGAGGAAAAGGAAGCACUUGUAUUCUGUAUUCAGUUCAGGAAAAGAAGUAUUUAAAUAAAUAUGUAAAUAAAACAUUUGCACUUCAAGUAUUCCCAUCCUUUUCCAUUGGUGUGUCUUUGUAAUAGAUAAGCAUAGCUCAAGUAGUAUUUGUGGUGUCACCUGUACUUUGAGUUUAAGAAAGUAGGGUGCCAUGAUACUCUGCAACUUUU